AUGUACUUCAAACAGGACAUGUGCCCAAUGCAAGCUGCUGCCGACAUUCAGUACUGUGCAGCGCAGGGACGAGAUCACCGAGAAUGUUGUGCUAGAAAUGGAGUUACCACGACAUUGGCUGGAUACAAGUGCAUGACGUUCUGUGACCAGCGUCCAGGAAAUGUAACUCAACUCGACUUCACCUAUCUGGCAUGCUACGAUCGCUUUGAGAACAUGAAGGCCUGCUUCUGGCACAAUAUUUCCCAGGACAACGACGAUUCAGCAGUGGCUACCGUUGAUGAAGAGCAACAUGAGGAAGCGUUCUUAAACGACGAACGCCCUCAAUCAUUCUCCUCAGAUAUCGUAUCUCGCCCAAAUCUCAGAAUAGGAGGCAGUUCCCGUACAUUCCAAGCUAAGACUUUCAACUAA